UUCUUGCAUUCUAAAACCAAAACAAGUUGCAACAUGGCGCCCGUUACAGUGUAUAUACUUUUAACUUCUGCUUUAUUUUCACAAUGUUUUUGUCAGUCAUUUUUAAAUAUCGAGGAACUAUCAGCCAUGAAAUAUGGAAUCGAAAUAACAAACAAGCCUGUAUUAUACGAUGCUGUAAAUUCAGCUAAUAUAAUCUAUGUGUCAUCAAAACAUGGACAAGCAUAUUCUUGUAAUGUGCCAGAAAUUAUUUUAAAUGAGGAGGAACAAGACAAUGAUCAGAUAGACAUGAAGGAAAUCACAAAAAUCCUUGAUGACUCCUUUAAUGGGUCAUGCCUAACACAUAAUAAAGGAUGGUGGUCCUACAAAGUUUGUCACAAAAAGGAUAUUGAGCAGUAUCAUAUUGGAGAGCAUGGAGCAAUAGAAGGUCUUACCUUACUUGGUGUUUAUGAGUCUGAGGAUGAUUGGAGUAAAAAAGACGUCUCAGAAUUGAAGGCAGGGGCAUUACAUCACAGUCAAAACUACACAAAAGGUUCCAUGUGUGAUCUUACUUCAAAACCUAGAAGAACAGUAGUGCAGUAUUAUUGUUCAGCUCACGAGAAAGACACCAUUAUCCGUGUAGAGGAGCCGUCAACAUGCGAGUACAUCAUUACCAUUCACAGUGUCAAACUAUGUUCACAUCCUUUGUUUAAAGUGAAAGAAAAAACCAAACUGGUGGAGUUGAAGUGUUCUCCUGCACUGAAAGACCACGAAUACAACAAAUACUUAGAGAAAGAAAACAGAAGGAAGGCUAAAGAAGAGGAAGAGAAAAAGAAAGAAGAAGAAGAAGCAAUGCAUAAGAGUAAAAAUAAUGAAGAUGGCAGUGAUGGAAAAAAAGUCUGGAAAGAGACGGCUAAUAAAAUAGGCAAAGUUUUUAAAUCAUUUGUAAAAACGUUUGAUAUGAAAGAUGCCAAGUUUUUAGAUUUUAACUCCCUUACUGACGGUAUAAGCGACUCAAGCGAGGAUCUAACUGCAGUGGAAAGUGGCGAAUCACAGUUGGACAGCAAUACUGAAGAUGUUAACGAUGCCGCAAAAGAAAUGUCAGAGCUUGAAAAUGCAAAUGACGAUUUGCUGAACGAAGCUAUCGCUAUAAAAAAGAAAUUUAAUACUGAGUACGCACAAAUAAAGAAGCAUGCCGAAAAUGAAUUGCUGCGAUCGAAGAAAUUACUCAAGUCAAUGGAAAAACUUCACGAAAAGGCAAAAACGAAAAAAGAAAGCGACGAAGUUAAAGCUAUGAUGCAGAUUUUGGAAAAUAACAUUGAGCUCUUUCAACGACAGAUUAGAAACAUUAAUGAUAAGAUGAACGAAGUUAUCCGGCUUGAGAAAAUCACCGAACGGAAAUUGUCGCACAUAAACGACGAAUUAGACGAGCGUAAAUUAACCGAAACUAUAAGCAAUCUGCUUGGCACGCAAGGCGAUCGUCAGAAACAAGUACAAAUUUCAAACACGGUGUCUAAUAUACUAAAAAAAUCGUCGAAGUUAAGAAAAGCAAAAGCAAAAAACAGUCGAGUAUUUAGUAAGAAGUUAGUCGACGGAAGUGUUAAAGAUGUUGGAGAGGAAAAUAUUGCUAAAGAAAAAACAGAUCCAGAGGAUUACCCAUUACCAAAUGAAGGAAAAGAACCAGGUACAGUGGACAAGGAAACAAAACCCUCGAGGAGUUUGCUUGACAAUGAAGCUAAUGUCAUUGAUGGAACCGAUGAUGAAAAUUUAGAGAUUGGCAAUGAAGCGGACACAUCAAAGGAUGACAGUGUCACUACAGAUGACACUGUCUCAAAAGGAGCGAAAGGUUUCAACAGCAUUUUCAACUUGUUAAAAACAGAAAUUAAGAAGCUAAACAAAGGAAUGAAAAAAGAGAAGCAAGAUAAAGAUGAGGAGGAAGACGUAACUCUGGAGAAUGUAGAUGAAGUAAACAAAGUCAAAAAAGAUAACAUGAAGGUUCGUGUCCGUACAUUGAAUGACGAAAAAAUGGCCGAAGAACUGGAGCAGGGUAUGGAAAACAUCGACGAGAAUACCAAAGAAGAUAUUAAAGCUGCUACGAAACAAAUGGAAGAAGCGGUUAAGCAGCAGCUCAAAGAUGCUGGCAUUAAUCUGCAAAGUGGUAUCAAGAUCAAAAUCAUAACAAAUAAGGACCGUUUCGAAAAGUUUGGUAAGAACUCCAAAUUAUUAACAGACGAAGAUGCAUCCGAUUUUAAAGACAUGCUUCUUGGGUUCUUGGGUGGAGGAAAAGAGAAAAUAUCCGAAGAAAAAAGAAGCAAGACUUUGGAAGAAAAUUAUAAUUUUGUUUGGGAUGGCAAUGACGAAGAAGAUGUUCACGAGAAGACAGAUUCUAAAACCGAAUUUUUGUAAAUCAUUCCAUUCCUUGCGGUACAUACUUUUUCCGUCAGUGCUUGAGUUUCAAGAUUUUAACAGCAAAACAGUCUUUUUUUGACCCAAUCUUUUUACCAUCUUGUAUUGAGUUUUUACUAAUUUUUCUGUUCCACCAUUUUUCUCUCAAAGAUGCAUUUUAACAAAGAAAAUUUAUUAGAGUUAUUUUUAUUAAUUCAUAUAAAAAACAUUGCAAUGUUUUUAUACAUUAUUUAUAUUAGUGUCAAAAUAAAAUGAAGUCAUGUUAGUGCACUA